GGAAGCUCCGCUCGCUGUGCCGUACCGCACCGCACCGCGCUUGUCCUCGCCGGAAGGGAGGGAAGAAGCACUGAAGGCGGCUCCGCUCGGCUCCCCUUGCCCACCGGAGCCCCAGGCUGCCCGGGAAUUACUACUACUGGUGUAAGGACACUGGUGUGAAGACAUCAUAGUGAUAGUUCACCUUGAUCACCAGAACAAAUUCCACAAGACAUGGAAGACACUGAGCCAUGGUAUUCUCAGCGAGUGUACGCAAAAUACUGGAAGCACUAUGACUUAGCCAUGCGCUGGAUGCGUAGGCACCAGAAAGCCUACAGGAAAGCUGUGGAGUCCUUUUAUCACCUACCGUGGCAUCUUUUUGCAGCUUCUCCAAGUAGCCGCUACUCAGAUUGGGAUGGGAAUGAUCUCCCACAUACCCAAAACUACUCUUCCAGCUAUAGGCCACAUGGCAGAGCUCAGUACCAUGGGGGAGCUCAGCACUACACAGACACCCACCAAGGGAGGGAGGAUGCUGACGGGGACUCCGAAAUGGAGGAGGACUCUGAGUCUGAAGGGGAGAUAGAAUAUGACUUGAGUAACAUGGAGAUCACAGAGGAGCUUCGUCAGUUUUUUGCCCAGACAGAGAGGCACCGGGAAGAACUGCGGAGACAGCAGGAGCUGGAAGCUGAGGACCAGUACGUGGAGGCUGAUCAAGACCUUCAUAAAAGGACGGGGCGUUCUGUGCAGCCGCCUGCGGAAAGACCUGGGGAGAGGCGAAUGGCAGAAAUGAAGAAACUGUAUGGUGCUGAAGCUGCCAAAAUCCAGGCAAUGGAGGCUGCCAUGCAGCUAAUCUUUGAUAGAAACUGUGACAAAAAGCAGCCCAAAUACUGGCCCAUUAUUCCCCUUAAGCUGUGAGUACCUGGACUGUGCUCUGAUCUGGCACAGAGCUGUACGGAUGGGUGCCUCAGGUUGUGCUGCUGAAAGAAUAAAUUGCAAAUGUUAGUUUCAGUUGGGCUUUGAGGCAGAGGCUAGCAAGGGCAGCAUGUUUCUUUACCCUGUGUUCCUUUUACGCUGUCUGUCAGCAAUGGUCACAGUCCAUUCUACCUACAUACAGUAAUAGGAGGGACAGUAAUAUCAAACCUGUCCAAAGUCAUAGUUUCACUCAUUUGAUACCCACCUGCCUUGACCGUGCUUGCAAGAAACAUAACUAUGUCUGUACUCAGCGAACUGGGAAGGCUUAAAGCGAUGCACAAAAGAAAAAGAAGAUACCAGUUGUCUGCUCUUUCCAUUUACGAAAUUGAGUAGUCCCAGUUUUCAGUCUUAUUCAACAUAGUAGCGUUUGGAUCCUGUUUAACACAGCACAGCUUGAAGUGUUAUGUCUGCAAUCUUGGACUUUUUGAGAACCAGGAGCCCACUGGCCAAGAUACAACAUAUCAAAUUACUGUAGCCAUUUGAAUUCUUUUUCAAAGCUUUGUAAUAAAGCAGGAAGUUUUUCUUCCAGACUGAUAACUUGUCUGGCAGGAGUUUGACUUUAAAGCAAAGUUAUAUAGAAAAAUGUUUUAAUGAAGGGGGGGGGGAGUGGUGGAGAAGCCUGAUAUGGCCCUGUUAGAGGUAUGUUCAGCAGAAGAGAAGCUUAACAGGACAAAGCACUCUUGGGGCCUGUGCCUACAGUGAUUUUUGCCAUUCUAAUAAAAAAGCAUCUAAUUGGUUUGAAGCUUUAAAGAAGAUGUAUUAGUUUGAUAGACUAAGGUUACAUCUGUACGCUGUAUAUGAAGGCAUGGAAGCCAUGUAGCCCUGAGGGCUAUGUUUAUUUUGGGUGCACCUUUCCAAUGCCCACUUGCGUAUUACGUGCACAAAGCUUAAAUACAGGCAAGUUAGAUGUGCCUGUGUGUGUACUCAUCUAUCUGCACAGGCUGUUGGGCUCUGCUUCUGUCACUCUUUAUUUUUGGUCAUUCAUGCUUGCCCCACUAAUAGCUGACCAGGCAGAGUGAGGCACACAGACGGUCUGUGUAAGAGGCAGAACUGGCCCCUCAAUACUGGUGACUCCUUAGAAAAUGGUACCCUGAACACUUCCAAGGACUCUCUGUGAAGCGCUGCUGCUACGUCUCAUUGUGCGUUGAAGGGUUGUAGUUUGAAUUAAGCAGCACUUCCACGCCGGGCAAAGGAACGUUAUGCUGGUUUAAUUGUGACAAACAUUCAUGUGUCUUUUUGGCAAUAGAGGAAGGUCACAACUACAAUUCUAACUUCAGUUCAUGCACAUUGUGUCUGGUGUAUCUCUGUAGCAUGUGUCGUUUGCAAUGCACACCAGCAGUUGCUGUGCCCUCUGCAGCAGCCACCUGCACCAAAGAAGUCCGCAGUGCAGUUUGGAAUAUUUUUGGUUUGACUAGCAGUUGUUAUGUUUUUUCAAAGCAGCAUUUUCAUUUCAGUUCCACCUCCUUCACUUUAGAUGUGAUGAGAUGGAGUUAAAUUGAACACUGAAAUUAAAAGUCCCCAGUCUCCAAGACUUCUUACUGGUAUGAUUAAUCUGAAAAACAUGCAUGAGAUGGGAGAGGGAAGAGAGUUAUCAAUAGUCCUGUAUUUGUCUUCACUCAUGUUUUUGGCGGGUUUUGUCAGAAAUUCAGUGUUUGGGUUUCCUUUUGUUGACCAAAUAAAUUGUCUUCAUAACA